AUGAGCGAGCCAGUGGACGUGCACGCGCAGCUGGCAGCCGUCAUGGAGUCGCUCGUCCACGCCGCGGUUGCCGAGCUCCAAAAGCUAGCCGAGGAGCAGCCUCCUGUGGCGGGCAGCGUUCACAGACAGAGCCGGGAGAAGUUGGUGCGGUUUGCCGUCAUCAUGGAGACGCUGGCCAAUGAGACGUUAGGAAAGAUAGUCAACAUCGUGGAGGACGUCAAGCCGUCGGAGGCGGAGUCUAGGCUUAGCAGCAAAAGACCACAAAUCAGCAUCAUCAGCAUCCUCAACAAAACCUGCGUGGAGGCGGAGCACUCGUACGGAGUCUCUCCACUGGGUCAGGACGCAACCCUGGCUGUCAAUCAUACCGCUUCAGUGACCUCAGUGGUGGAGGAGGAACCCCAGGAAGGCGACGCAGAGACACCAUUGGUCCUGGCUGUCAGCAUCAAAGACCAGCACGGAAACGUCAACCUGGACGCCAUCGUCGAGCGUGCUCAACUUGAAGCCGCACCGCACGCCAACUCGGACUCAGACGUCAGGUGGAAGUGUCCCAGGAAGACCUUCACGUCUCAGAGCAGCUCGGCGUCGCACAGCCAAGCGUACAAACAAAAUGGCGGGCGGCCGCACACGUGUCGGCAAUGCGGGAAGUGUUUCGCCAAGCUGGCGCAACUCAAAACGCACGCCGUGGUGCACACGGGCGAGAAGCCCUUCGCCUGCGACCUCUGCGGCCGCCGUUUCACCCUUCGACAAAACUUGCACCGCCACGCCCACAGCCACACGGGCAGGAAGUUCUUCUCGUGCGGCGUGUGCGGGAAAGGCUUCACGCGCUCGGUUACGCUCAGGACGCACGAGCUCAUCCACACGGGGCAGAAACCCCUCAAGUGCGAGCAGUGCCCCAAAACCUUCCGCCACGCCAUCAACCUCAAGAACCACCUGCGGGUCCACAGCGGCUCGCGGCCUUUCGUGUGCGACGUCUGCGGCAAGAGCUUCCGCCAGUCGGUCAACCUGAAGAUCCACUGCCGUGUCCACACUGGCGAGCGGCCAUAUUGUUGCAAGGAGUGCGGGAAGACGUUCAGCCAGCAGAGCAGCCUGAUCACGCACGGGCGCACGCACUCCUCCGAACGCCCCUUCGCCUGCACGACCUGCGACAAGAGCUUCAACAACGCCAACAGCCUCAAACUGCACGUACGCGUGCACACGGGCGAGAAGCCGUACGGCUGCGACGUGUGCGGGAAGACCUUCAGCCAGGGCAGCCAUCUCCGUACGCACAAGAGCCACGUCCACGCCGGGGGGAAGCGUUACAUCUGCGACAAAUGCGGCAAACGCUACGCCGACCAGCGUAACCUCAAGAUGCACAAGUGCGGCUACGCAUGA